GUCAGGAGCUCAUGAAUAAAUUCCUCUUACACACGUGUGCACACAGACUUAAACAGGCGAGUAAGACUCACAACAACACAGAUGCAAGCAGAUAGAACACGGCAGAUCUAAAGACGACCAAGAACUCAUUUUGAUGAUCACAAAACUUUGCUAAACUAUCUUACGACGAUAUGAAGACAAUUACUGGCAAAAAGAAUUCUGCAUUAAAGUAAAAAUCUUCAGCUUUUUUUCAACAGUCUGGAACUGAUUUAACAAAGGGAGACUGGUGGGUUUUUUUUCCACAAAUUCCUGAAAACAACGAUUUUGCAUUUGUGCCCAAAUGAAGUCUGAUUCAGUUGCAAUGGUGACACUACCAUCAAAUUCACAUAAACAGGAGACAGUGUGCAUCUUUGGGACAGGUGACUUUGGACGCUCAUUAGGGCUUCGUUUGCUCCAGUCGGGGUACGAUGUUGUGUACGGAUCCCGAGACCCUAAAAACUCUCUAUUGCUGCCUAUGGGUUCAAAGGUCAUGUCUCAUGCAGAUGCAGCUCAUGAAGCGCAAGUGAUAUUUUUGGCUGUGCAUAGGGAGCACUAUGGAUUUUUGAGCUCAAUGGCUUCUGAUCUCGAGGGAAAGGUACUGGUGGACAUCAGCAAUAAUCUCAAGAGGGGCAUGUACAGAGAAUCCAAUGCUGAAUUCCUGAGCACGCUGGUUCCAGGGGCAACUGUGGUCAAAGCCUUCAAUACCAUUUCAGCAUGGGCACUGCAGUCUGGAGGACUGGAUGCCAACAGACAGGUGCUUGUUUGUGGAGAUCGGGCUGAUGCUAAACAACUGGUGGUGGACAUUGCCCAUGGUCUUGGUUUCACUGUCCUGGAUAAAGGUUCUCUGAAAGCAGCUGCUGAGCUGGAAGAUCUGCCUUUGCAACUCUUCCCUCUCUGGAGACUUCCUCUCUGCAUCGCCAUGGGUCUAACCGCUUUCAUUUUUUUCUACGCACUCACAAGAACUGUCAUCUACGAGCGCGUCACCAACGGCAAAGACAUCGCCUUUCGUAUUAUGAUCUCGCUAGCCAAUAAGACCUUUCCGGUGGUCGCCUUGGUGAUGCUGGCCCUGUGUUACCUGCCAGGCGCAUUGGCUGGAUUCCUGCAGCUUUAUAACGGCACAAAGUACCGGCGCUUCCCUGAUUGGCUGGAUCGAUGGAUGCUGUGCAGGAAGCAACUGGGACUUACAGCUCUGGCCUUUGCUUUUCUGCAUGUUAUCUACACCUUAGUUAUUCCCAUCAGAUAUUAUGUGCGCUACAGGAUAAAUGUCUUCACUAUAUCACUGAUUAAAAAUAAUGUAUCCUAUGAGUUUGAUAACACAGCAGCCUGGCGUCAUGAUUCCUACUAUUCCAUGGGAAUUCUUGGAUUCGGGCUGUUUGUCCUGUUAGGAAUUACGUCACUUCCAUCUGUUAGCAACUCCCUAAACUGGAGGGAGUUCAGAUUUGUACAGUCUAAACUGGGCUACAUUACCCUGCUUCUCUGCACCCUCCACACAUUUCUGUACGGCUGGGACAAAUUUCUGAAACCUUCAUCAUACAACUGGGGGACGCCCCCUGUGUACAUGCUGUCUCUGGUGGUCCCCUGCCUGGUUCUGAUCCUAAAACUGAUCCUGAUCACUCCGUGCAUGGACCACAAGGUCACUCGCAUCCGUCAAGGGUGGGAACGACAGAACAAGACUUUAGCAAAGACCAGCCAACCGCUAAUGGCCUAGUGGCGGUUGAAAAAAGUAACAAUUACACAAUCAGAGCUGGAGAGGGCUUGGCUUCUCAAUACUCUUAAGCUUGCUGGUGAACAGCCAUUACAGUUAACAGACUCUUUAGAGCUGCACUGAUUAUUAUCUCACAUUAAUCCAUAUAGCCGACAAAACAAGCUAUCUUGAGCUAUGUUAAGUAACUUGCAAAUGCAUACAUAUUUUAUAACCGUAGAUUCAUAUCAUAUUACAUCAUAAUAACCCAUAUCAUCUGUAUUCAUGUAAGAAAUGUUCUCGCCUCUUUAAAGAACACAAAGUUAUCCGAGGUGGGGAUUUCUUUAGCGCACAUUUAUUAGAGCACACUUCUUUGUAUCGUGUAAAGCUCUUUAACUUGUCUUUUAUUACCUGUUCCUCUGAGCUAUUUCCUCUCAAGAGCCUCCCAGUGGGCUUUUCCCUUUAGAUAUUAUCGAUCCGAAACUGAGCAGUAACUUCCUUCUUGAUCUGUUUCUGAGUCUGGCUUUCCUGUCUGCAGGAAAGCUCAUCGUUCUCUCUCUUGUGAAGUAUAAAGGACCUGUCAAUCACAUCUGGAUUCAGGUUCCUUCACUGGUGGAUGGGUCUUUCUGUAUAGUGCUUUUAUGAAGAAUUGCCGCCUGCCGAACAGAAAUAGCGUGGCACAUUAUGUGCUGGAUGUUAUGUGUGCACACUGCUGAAGAAAACUAAUAACUUCACUUAUUCCCAACACAAAGCAUUGAGCGAGUUUAAAAUAUUGGAUAUGAUUGUGAUGUUAUUUUUGUAUUACUUGACAUUAAAUAUGAAGCAUCCGAUGCAAUAAAGACUUUUCAUAUCAUUCUGACAUUUAUAUUUGCUUUUAGAUUUGACCAUAAUAAUUCAUAGGGAUGGAUGUUUGGAAGGGCAGCCACCACUGGCAGUGCACUUUAUUGGUUUAUUGUGUAUAUAAAGCAAUGGUCUUAUUGUGUACACAUAUAUUUGUGCAUUAAACCGUUGUGAAAGAUUUA